AUGAAACCUACUGCAACUGGUGCUAGUAAUUUCCACUCUAGUUUUCAAGAAACAGUUUUAAACUUUUAUACAUUAGUAAACACUAAAAACAAAAUGCACUCUUCAAACAAUCUUAUUGAUGAUAAAUGUCCUAUGUGCAGUAUCAAUAUGGAAACAUGGAAUACAGAACGUAAACAACUGCAUAAAAAUACUUGUUGUGAAACAUUUAUCAUGUAUUGUCAUCGUUGUCCUGCAUGUCACAAACAGAUUGCUGGUCGAGCAUCUCGAACACAUUUAAAGCGAUGUGCCUCGAAGUUAAACAUGGAUUUAUUUAGUCUCAUGUCAUUAUCAUGUCGUGACCAUCGUUUCAUCAGGCACGAAAAUGAAGAUUUACAUACGGCUUGUGCAUUAUCUUUAUCUUUAGAUGAAGAAGUGAAGCAGCGGAAAUCUGAAGCGAUUUUAGCUCAAAAAAUUGAUCCCAUCGAUUUAGACUCACCAUCUCAUCUACUUUUAUCAAGUGAAAAACGAGAGAGAAUAUUCGCUGAAAAGUUGGAAUCAAUUCUUCUUGAGGUUAAAAGAAUUAACAAGCUUGAACAGGUAUAUGGUAAUAAUGAUAACAAUAGUAAUUUAAUUGCCCAGUCUAAACUAUGGAAUUUGGCAUCAACGAAACUUCAUGAUAUUGAUAAUAUUACACAAAUAUAUUAUGUCAAUAAUUUGAUUCCACCCUUAAGUCCUACAUUAAAUCCUUUAAAUUCCAAUAUUAUUUCAAUGUCACAAAUACCUGGUCGUAUUUCAAUGCAUAAAAAUAUGAAUUAUGAAUCUAAUGUAAGUGUUAUGAAUGAAUACAAAAAGGAUCAUAAUGAUUAUUGUUGCGAUAAUGUUUUAAAAAAGGAAUGUGAACAAGUAUCUCCCAAACAACCAAUUAAACCUGAAGAUAAGUGUGACACUUCAGAGUUAUCACCAAUGUUCUCUAAUACCCUUUCCAAAUGUUCAUCAUAUAUGACUAAUAUUCAUUCUAAUCCAUUAUUAUCAAUGAUUGGGAAUAAUUUAUGUUCAGAUUUAUGUUUAAUAUUGGAUGAAGGUGAUAUAAUUCCAGCGCAUAAAUUUAUAUUUGCAGCUUGGAAUUUAAAUAUUGAUUAUUCACAGUGUGAUAUCAUUGAAAUUCAUAAUGUAUCCAAAGGUGAACUUAUUAAUCUUUUACAAAUAUUAUACAGUGGAGAUCGAUCAAGACUGACGAUUGAAUAUAUUAAUCAUGCAUCAGAAGCAUUACAAAACGUAAUCAGAAACUGGGGUCUGAAUAGUUUAAAAUCUGAACUCAACAUUGUUAAAACGGAAGAUUGUUGCCUCAUACAUUCAACUGAUUUAUCAACAGAUUACAAAACGGUUAAUGAUUAUUCUCAUCCUACUCCUUCUGUUAUUUCAAUACAAACAUCAUCAACUUCAAAUGAAACAGUACAAAUUAAUAACUCUUCAUUACAAAUAAAUAAUUCAAAUCAUAAUCCUAUUACAACUACUGAUUACAACUAUACAAAUUCUACAUCUAGCUUUAUUGAUUCCACUAUUCUCCCAAUUACAACUCAAUCAUCGUUAACAUCAUUAAUAUCAGUUAAUACUCCUAUGAUUCCAUCAAAGUUAUACACCUCUAAUCCAGCUCAAUUUAGUCGUGAUUUAUUUUUAUUCUCUGAUAAUGAUGAUGACAGUAUCAAUGAGAAUAUUGAUAAUAUUGAUAUAGAAACUUAUCAUCAUUCUAAUCAAGUAGAAUCUUUACAAUCUGUUGAUGAUAGUAAUCUUCAUGGUACAUUUCAUACAAUUAGUAAGCUUACAACAGAACCAGAAACAACGGAUAAUAAUUCAUCAAUCCUCCUCUUAAACAACUCUCCAACUCCUAUAAAAUUAUCUCCCGUCUUAAAUAGUGGUAUACAAGUUACUACUCCAAAACAUUUCUAUAAUUCUUGGUUAGAAGAUGAAACAACUCCAUCACCGUUAAUGAAACGUAUACGCUUAUCAAAUAAUGAUGAAAUAGUUUCAAAUUCAUUAUUGAAUGUAACUACUAUUACUACUGAUGUUAAAAAUAGUAGUAUAAUUAAUACUAUUCCUUCUAAUUCUGUUUGUCAUACGGUAAAAUCUAUUCUAACUGAUUCAGUAGUUGAUUUUUUCACUACAAAUUCAUUCCAUAAUCACAAUAGUAAUGAUGAUGA